UAUAGUCUUCCACCAAGCAUGGACUGCCUUAGGCAGGAGAAGUAAUCGAUCAUCGCUAGAACCGGUGUUUUUACUUUAUGAAAAUGGCUGAAGAUGGGACUGCAAAAGACCGCAAAAGAUCAAGAGAUAAUCAUGUAACUGACAGAAAUUCCAAAAAAACAUGUAUGGAAUCUGACUACAGACAAAACAUGAAUGGUUCCAAUGUGCAUAAGACCAAGAAGAUUCCAAGGUUAUCCCCUGCAUUAUUCCACAACGAUUGUGAAAUCCAACACAGACAAAUUCACAAGCUCCUGAAAUAUGCCUGUCUGGGCAAGGAUCACAACGUAUCUCAGCCAAGCUGGUGUCAUGUUCAUCACCAGAAGCGUCUCCAUGGAGUUGUUGUCAUAAUAUUACAGGACCUCAGUCAGCUUCAUUUUUAUACAUUUUACUUGCACUUUCGCUACCUCAGGAGACUUUUUAAACAUAGGUUUUCCUUGCCGUCUCCACCUACUGAUUUUAUUGCGUCUUUGGUUGGGAUAGACCAGUCUGGCAUCGCUAACAGAAAGACAAAAAUUAUAGACGAUCACCAUAAAAACACAGAAGGUCCUGUACAUCAACCAGGGGUCAUUGAUGCUCCAACUAAAAACGAUUUUUUAUUGAAUCCCAUUAUCCAAAAAUAUGGAAAUAAGAAGAAUGGGCUCACGAGGUAUCUGCUUUCUCCAAAGGAGCUGAAGAAAAAUGAUUACCCUUUAGUAGGAUGUCCAAGUACAGCCCACUUUGUUGAAUCUGGCUGCACAGGAGAAGUAACUGACAGCAGCCCUCUUUUUGGUUUGGACUGUGAAAUGUGCUUAACAGAUGAAGGAUAUGAACUCACUCGCAUCUCACUGGUGAAUGCCGCUGGUCAGUGCAUCAUGGAUGAGCUGGUGAAGCCAGACAAUGUAAUCAGGAAUUACGUGACCAGGUACUCCGGUAUUACAGAGAAGCUUCUUCUCCCAGUGAAAACUAAACUCAAAGAUGUCCAGUACAAGCUGAAAACCUUUCUUCCCCCCGAUGCUGUUUUAGUGGGUCAUUCAUUAAACAAUGACCUCAAAGCUCUGCAGAUGAUUCACACAAAUGUGAUUGAUACAGCACUGCUUUUCAUUGGAGAAUUUAAAAGAAAAUUUAGAUUGAAGUUCUUGGCUCAAGCAGUCCUAGGGAGAGAGAUUCAGCGUGAAGAUGUCAUUGGUCACAAUCCAUGUGAGGAUGCGAAGGCUGCGUUGGAUUUGGCUCGAUACUUUAUUCUGCAUGGGCCGAAGAAGGUUGCCCAACUUAGUCUAGAUGACAUUUUUAGAAAUGUGAAUAAUACCAGUGGCUCCUUCAAAGCACAAGAGAAUAAACCUGUUUUGCACCAAAAUGGGGUCACCUAUCCACUGAACACGGACAUAAAACAAACGGAACAUUUAGCAGAGAACAACAGAUUAGUACCAUCAUCACGUGUGACUGGCCCGAUGAUCAUCUAUCUCACCAGAAUGAAUAACCUGGAGAAACGUGACCAUUCAAAACAAUUGGAGUAUAUUCCAUGUACUUCAGAUAAAGAGGUACUUCAGGAAGCUUGUAAAUUGGCCCCUGUGUCUCCAAUCAGUGUAAUAGAGUUCUGUCCCAAGGACAUAUACAGCAACUGUACAGCAAAUGAUAUGAUCGCAAAGGUAAAAUGUAAGUUUGAGGAGAUGAUGACUGUGUUUGCUGGUCCAUUUAAGAAAGACAUUUGCUUAAAAUCUGUAAAGAGGGCAUUCCAGACCUGUGGGCCCAUCCUUUCCAUUAGCAUUUUAUCAGAGACUUAUCAGCCCUUUGUCUGCAUAAAGUUCUCUGUCCUGGAGGCGGCCCGGUUGGCGCUGGAAGGUUUCAAUGAAACUUAUGUUGAUGGCUGCUUUAUCAAGAUACAGGAGGAAUUUUCUAUACCUCCCAAAGAGAUAUUUUCAUAUUUAAGAAUAAAGGGUUUUAUCUCAAAAUGUAACCUACUCUAUAAAGGAGAAGAUUUAGAACAACUUAAAAAAUUGUACAGUAUGAGGAACACUAAAGACAUAAAAUCUAUUUUACUACCAAGAAAUCGCAGCAACCGCAAACAUGCUCGAUACUGUUAUUUAAAAUUCCAGAGUUUUCCGAGUGCCCUUCUUGCAGCUGAACAUAUCCGAGCACAAACUAAUUUAAGAACCUGUAAAGCAGUGACCGCCAGUCAUUUGCAUCGAUGGUUAAAGUCAUCUAUAAAUUCUGUUCCACCAAAACAGCCUUUGAAUGAAGCAGUGCUGCCACAGGAACAUGAUCUCAGAGAUCUGACGGCUGCCAUUAGAAGCGUGGACAGGAAAAUUAAUCAACUUUAUGAAUGCCUUGAAAGAAAUACAAUGUGCCUCAUUCUUUUCCCUGGUAAAAACAGUGCUGAUGGAUUACUUCCAGGCUUCGGUCUGAUGGGUAUAAAAGAAGCAUCUGGAUAAAUUAUUUCUAUUUCAUAUAUGCCAACACUGAAGUUGCAAAAAAAAAAAAUGAAAUAAAGAGAAUCCAUGUUUUGUAUGGACUAUGUACAAGCUAUUUUCAGCGUCUCACCAAA